AUGACCGUAUCCUAUAAUCUCGACGUCUCAUCAGUCUCCUUCUUCAACUUUUUUCGGGUUCUAUUCAGAUGGCGUGGGUCCGUCUGGAAAUCGAUAUGGUCCGAAUUAAUGAUUUGGCUGAUUUUCUAUUAUAUGGUUAUGGUCACCUAUAGAUUCGCAUUGGAUUCAGAGAAACGAGAGGAGGUUCGAAAAUAUAUCGAAAAUUUGCACGAAAAUUUGGACAAUUGCGUUCCGCUGACUUUUAUGCUCGCAUUUUUUGUUACAGUAAUCGUUGACAGGUGGAAGAACAUUUUUGCGAAUAUUGGAUUUAUUGAAAACACAGCCCUGGCAAUUGCCACAUUGGUCCGGGGAACCGAACCGGAAACGGUGCUAACCAGACGGACAAUAAUUAGGUACUUGGUACUUUCUCAGGUCCUCGUAUUUCGGGACAUCUCGCUGAAAGUGCGUCGACGAUUUCCCAACAUUGACUCUAUUAUCAAAUCGGGAUUCCUCCAAGAGCAUGAAGCUGUAAUAUUGGAAGAAAUCGAUUGCCCAUAUAAUAAAUAUUGGGUGCCCAUCAAUUGGGCAUCCGCCGUGUUACAGAAGGUUUUUGUUGAAGGCAAAAUCACAGCGGCUCCUCUAUUCAACGCCGCGUGGCAAGAAGUGAAAACUUUCCGUUCAAAUAUGGCGAUUCUCUGUAAUUUCGAUUGGGUCCCAAUUCCAUUGGCAUAUCCACAAGUAAUUUUUGUAGCCGUUCGAUUCUAUUUCUUUAUGUGUCUUUUUACAAGACAACACUUAGAUAUGAUGGAUAAACGGACGACCGGAAUGGCAAUCGUGGACUCUACAUACGAUAAAUUCCCAGAAAUGCGACCUGACAAGUUCGCGGAGCCCGCAUUUGCUCCAUUCUAUCCAGAAGACGUUAUUGAUUCUGGGGCUGAUCAUGCACUGAUCGGUUCUGCUCAAUCUGUGACACUUGCUGACCCAAGUGAUCAGAUUGAUAUGAUGAAGGUGGAUAUCAACUCGCCGAUUGUUGUUGGGAAAACCGACUCGACCACUUCAACAUUCCGUCGUCGAUUAUCUUCUGCAUUUGGCAGACGUACCAGAAGUCAUUCUGUCCAACAUUUGGGUCCAGAAAAACUAGAACCUGAUACCCCAUUCAGUCAAUCCAUGGCUCCUCAAAGACCAUAUGGUCCAUUUGAACUGUCGAAUGGAUUCAUGUCAUCUGGAGGGUUUAAUCAUAUUUCAUCGAAUGGUCAUUUACCAAAAUUAGAAGAAGAGGAAUCGACUUCUGUGGAUUCAGAUGCGACCGAAGUAAACACCAUCUCGCCUCCCUCUUCCCAUGCACCGGAUCCACCUACAGUACCCCCGCAAACUACAGUAACACAACCAGUAUUUGUAGUUUCAAGGACAAUAAGCGAGGACACUUUGGGACCAACAAGUCCCACGUUACCAUUUAAUCAGACCUUGGAAAAUGAUAAUGAUGGGUUGGGAAGGAUGAAAUUUUAA